AUGACUCUUGAACAAGCCCUCGCGCGGAUUAUUCCAGAAUACGUGGAUCAGUCUAGUACGGAUCAGACCAGGGGAUCGUUGGACCCUGGUGGAUUGUUAUGUGACUUUGUGGAUCUGGAACAAGGAGAAACUGUUCGAUGGAGACGUGAUCGACAAGCUAAUCUGGAGAAUCCACAAUCCGGUCGAGUCGAGGCUAGUAGUACUGUUGGUUCCGCAGAAGUAGUUGCAUCCGGAUCCAAUGUAGAAUCAGACCAAGCUCAAAAUGUCGAUCCGGAAGUGCCGGCGGCCACAGACGAGAACCGGGAUCGUAAUGAUGCCGAAGCCGAGCCGGACGAAGAACAGAUUCCAGCUCUAUGGGAUUCGGAUGAGGGUGUUAUCGAUGCAGAAGUGUUUGAGUCAGUGGUACACAUGAUGACAUCGGCCGACUCCAAUACUCGCGUAGUUUAUCAGGAACUAUAUGAACAAGUGGACGAGGAUGAUGUGUUGAACUACACACUGCAACUGAGUUUACGGGAUUUGGAUGGUCCACCUGCAUCAAAUAGUGUGCAGAUCGAUGUUGAGCCACAAGUGGUUGCUCCAGAUGAUCACGUAUCAGACCCAGUAGAGCAGCCAGAAUCACAGCAACCACCACCACCACAGCCCACCACUUCUUCGGAUGNCGGAUGCGAACGCAGCUGUAGCGGGGAAUGCAGAUCCCGUACCCUGUAUCACGAACGAAACUACAUUAGUUAUCAAUUAGCAGUCACUAGUCUCGUCUCACCAGACCUUGACUACCACGGUUGGAAACAUACCGUUGCAUGCAAUCUGGCUCCCGUGCCGAUUCUGAACAGAGGAGAGGUCACCAUGUGGGAAACCAGUCGUGAAUAA